UUGAGAUCAGUCUCAUGAGAUCAGUGGGAUGUUUGGACUUCAGGUAUAAGAUGAAGCGAGAGAGGACAGAGUUCUUCCUGACGACCAGCUGGUGAACCGCAGCAGUGUGUUUUCAGAACCGUGUAAUGACCACAGCAACAGUGCGAUAAGGCGAUCUGCAUGGGUGGAUACUAGAAGGAAGUGAAGCUGGCACCAUGUUGGAGGCGUCGCUUGGCAGGAACUUCUCCCACAGCAGCUUCGUGUUCAGAGGAUUUCCUGAACUGCAGAAACACCGCCGGCUGCUGGCACUGCCAUUCUCCGUCUCCUACCUGUUGGUGCUGCUGGGAAACUCCUUGCUGGUGUACGUGAUCCGCAGCGUGGAGAGUCUGCACAGCCCCAUGUUCCUCCUGAUCUGCACACUGUGUGUCGUGGACGUCCUCGUGGUCACCGCCAUCAUCCCCAACAUGCUCUUCAGCCUGCUGUUCGACAGGGACGAGAUCUCAUUGGCUGGCUGCUUGACGCAGAUGUUCUUCACUCACUUCCUGUCCUCGCUGGAGUCAACGCUGCUGCUGGUGAUGGCGCUGGACCGCUACGUGGCCAUCUGCCACCCACUGCGCUAUGCCAAAAUCGUUGACUCCUCCAUGUUUGUGAAGCUGCUGCUCUUCACUUUGGUCCGCAGCGGCACCAUCAUGGCGGUGCUGGUCGGUUUGGCGGGGUCGCUGUGGUUCUGCAACUCCAACACGAUCCAGCACUGCUACUGUGACCACAUGGCACUGGUCAGCCUGGCAUGUGACAGCACGGAGAAAAACAGCGCGGCCGGCCUCGCUGUGAUCGUCUGCUUUGUGGGCGUGGACAUACCGCUCAUCUUCUUCUCCUACAUGAAGAUCCUGAGUGUUGUCCUGCGAACGGCGGCUGCUGACGAGGACCGCUGGAAGGCGUUUCACACCUGCGGCACUCACCUGAUCGUCAUGAUGUGUUUCUACCUGGUGGGCAGCGUCACGUUUCUCUCUCACAACCUGAACAUCCCCAUCCCGACGGACGUCAACACCUUCAUGGGACUCAUGUACAUUCUGUUCCCAGCGACAGUCAACCCCAUCAUCUACGGUGUCCGGACUAAAGAGAUUAGGAACGGCUUUCUUAGGAUUUUCAAACUCAAAGUGCAGACGAUAGUGAGGGUGAAAGUUUCUCCUGCUGUAAAAGGACAACGUGACAGAGUCUGCUCUAAAUUAAAAAACAUUCAUUGAUCUGUUUGUGAUGUCAGCAUGUCUCUAUAUUUUAUAUGGACACAUUAUAUUCUCUUACAUUACCUCAUAUUUACUGAUCUACUUUUCCUUCUUAAGAGCCUCCUGGUCUGUAAAAUGAAUAAUUGAGUAAAUAAAUUCAAAGUAACAGUCA